AUGACCACACUAGGAGCUGCGGGUCCAAUUAUGGAUUGGCUGCGUAUGAUGUACCGAAAGAUGGAAUACGUUGUGAAAUUGGGUCCCCAUCACUCCGACGCCUUUCAGUCCAUCAUAGGCAUUCUCGCCAGGGAUAGCUUGUCUCCCGGGUUAUGGAACAUCUACUUCUCUGAUUUUGCUGUGCCUGACCGACCAGACGAUAUCAUUUUCAAUGGUCACCAUAUUUCUCAUGUCGAACAAGCCGAUGACAUUAAACCCGGUAAAGCUUCAAAGGCACGGAAAUCUGUUAACGCCUUGUUUGGAGCAGAGAACUUCGUGGGCACUAUCCCUCCGAAAGGCGGUAUUGAUGUCUACAUGGCUACUGUUGAUCCGCAUUUGAUGUCUGCGUGUGACGUAUCCAUCGAUAUUGAUUCCACAUUGCUUUCCCAAAUGGAGUAUGUUCAGAACCGUUUCAUUCGGCGAUUGCUAGGCAUCGCUCAGCGUUCGCCCCUCGCCAUGCUGUUUUCUGAGUCUGGCAUAUGGCCCAUCAAGUAUCGUAGAAUCAUGCUUGCCCUUCGCUACUGGGAAUACGCGUUAUCACUUCCCGACGAUCAUUUCUUAUCCUAUGCCAUGACCGACUCACUCGCUCUUGCCAGAGCAAAGAAAGCCUCGUGGAUCAGGGACCUCGUUCAUGUCUUACAAAACCUGAAUAAGCCUGUGUUCAUUGAUUUGGCUCACAAUUGGCUUCCGAGCGAUAUCGAGAGGAUUAUAACUGAUGUUGAGCAAUCCUGCCUCUCAGACAUUUCCUCGUUCAUGGCGACAUCCUCCAAGGCCCUCUUGCUACGUCAUCGACCUCAUCCCCCUGCCCAUGCACAUCCUGAAAUGUUGCAGAAAUCAGCUGUGGCAAGUUUUCGUUCUUAUCUCAAUGUUCCCAUUCCUGCCCAUCGAAAAGCACUAGUGCGCCUGUUGACGUCUUCUCAUACACUUGCCGUCGAGGUCCUCCGAUGGGCGGAACGAAGGCGUCCUCCCGUUCCCCACUGUCAGCAUUUGUGCCGUCUUUGUGGUUCAGAGGUCGAGGAUGAGGCACAUGUUUUGCUGUACUGCGACGGAACUGGCGACUUACAGGAUUUACGUGCCUGUUUCUUUCACAACAUUUUCGCACUCGCAAGUCCUCCCCUUGCAGCUGCGCUGAAGUCCGCAUCAUUUGGACUCCAUGUUCUCCAUAUCCUUCUGGAUAGUGACGAUAGUCGAGUCCUUACUUCUUUUGCCAAGUACGUUUUUGACGUGUUCCGAGUUAUCAACUGUACACCACUGUAUCAUCCAUAA